AUGUAUCGUCUCGGUUCCCCACGUAUUUUAGUCAGAUUAACCUUGAAAUCUCAAGUGUCUAGGGCUUUAUAUUCAACGCAGCAACGUCUACAUCCAAAUGCACCGAUAUACAUGGAGAAACGUGACAAUCGUAAGUUAUUUUGUUAUUUUUUCUUGAGUUUAGGUAUUAACAUUGAAUUUGGUGUAAAGCAAUUUGUUUUCAAGACUAUGAGGAAGUUUAACAAGGAUGUUAAAUUGUAAUUUAAGUUAGUUUAGACUGUUGUUUCGGUCAGAUAUUGUUAUAUUAAUUUAUUGUGUACUAGACAAUCUUAAAAGACAAUUUUUGAUUGAUGAAGUGUUUUUGACUUUUAAAGUUUAGAAGCUCACUGUUACAACAUAGAAAAUGCUUUUUGUUAACUUAAUUAGUAACAAACUGUAAAUUUGCACUGAACCGUUAAGGUUUAUUCUUUUACUGUCUUAACUUUAACAUUUUUAGGUCAGAACGAUUUGCUAGCGCCUUCAAAAGAGUUUCCAUUUAAUGGAAAUGUUGCAGCAGCUCAGAUUUAUCUUCAAAAAGAUCAGGUAGGUUAUUUUAGUCGCAUAAAGCUAUUCAUUUUCGGCUAUUUUUGUCUUUAAAGUUCAGUUUUGGGCAGUUUAAUAUAGGCUUUUAAGCCUAUUAUACAGAAUUUCAAAGCUUUGUGGUUUUUGAAGCUUUAAACGUCAGGAAAAGUUAAUCUUUUUAAUGUUAACGACAAAGAAUUUGAUUUGUACGUUAAACUAGACUAAAAUUAAGAAAUUAAAGCUGAUAUUGUUGUAGGAUCCGAAAAAAGAUGUAAAAACAACGAAGCCUUCAUCAUCUGGUAAUCAGAAGUUAACAACAAUUGUCAAAUUGCUAAAGAAUCUACAUCAUCACGCAGAAAAGAGUGUCAGUUACGUACCGGCCGAAACUGUCAAAGAUUAUUCGUUUUGCUUUGACGAUGAAGUUGUGACGAUAGAAUCCGUGGAGUGUCCUAGGCUUUUGAAGAAUCGUGAGUUUAUUUUUGUUUUUCAAAGUUUAUGGACGGUUUUUGGCUUAGAAUUGGAGUUAUAAGUAUAAGUCUUAAAGGUAAACAGUUAAACCUUUUAUGAUUCAUUUUAAUAAAGUUAUUCAUAAAAUUGUUUUUAGAGCUAAGAAAUGUCUUCGAAGUCCGAGUACCUCAUUUCUUCAACCGACCUUUGACCGUGAUCAAUAUCUUCCAACAAGAAGCCCAAACCUUUGAAGAAGUGGCUCCAGAAGACAAGCUGGACGCCAAAAUGCUUUACUUUAUCGAAACAGCCGACGCCAUUUGUGAAUCACUGAAUCGACUCGGCUACUGGUGCGACUACCUCGAUCCUCAUUCAGGUCAAGCCCGUAGAGCACCGGAUUCGGCCGUAGACAGACUUCUAAAGCCGAACGAUAACCUAAAACAAGUUGGAUUCAACCUGGAGGAAGUGAAACGAUGCAUGAAGAUCAGCAAUGUGUCAUUUGAUAACAAGAACUACAUCGGAAGCAUAUUUACGGAUGCGAAGGUCGACGAAGCCAAUGUCAACGACUUCUUCGAGGUACUAAAUGGUGAAGAUGAAGAGUUUAGGCAGAAAUAG